AUGGCUGCCAAAAUGGUUGUCUCCAUGUGCUACAUCAUUGUCCUACUUCUAGUCACUUUGAUGGCUUUUGGCGUGUCACGACAAGCAAUAACUUACCCCCACGAAAAGUGGAAUUGGCUUCUUGUAAGGUACUCAGAUUAUCACUACUUUCAUGACACGUACAACGAACUUAUAGGAACAUCUUCUACAAACCGUACUUUAUGUUGUACGGUGAAGUGUAUGCUGGAGAAAUCGACACAUGUGGAGAUGAAGGCAACGUGGAAAGCAUUCAGAAAAGGAGAAACAUCUGAAGGUGACAGCGAAGUGAAAAUUGUUAAUAGUAGUGUGUUGCAUGCGUUGUGGUGGUCAAAUCCUAUCCAGCCAGCUCUUGGGGUCAAGCAUCUAUUUUAG